AAGAUGUACGGUACAUGUAAUGUACAUGCUGCAAUGCUGAUGGUAAAUUCAAAAUGAAUAUUGACUGACCAGUAUCAUUUCCAAGUGGUGCUUAUCUUAUCAACAUGUCUUCACCUCCAAGAAAAUCAGCCUUCAGGGCUCCCCCUAGCAGAGUCACUGCUGAGAGAAAGUCUCCAGCGCCAUCUACGGAGAGAGUACCAAAGAAAAGUGCUUUCAGUGCCAGCGCCCCACCUAAGAAAGUUACCGGAGGAGGUGGUAAAGGAUCGCUCUUGGCGGGGGAAGUCCUCAAGCGACGUCUCGAGAGAUUGAAGCAAAACUCUAAUUCUCAGAAUCAAAAUGGUGCUAAACCCAAAAGUGGAACUCCGUCUGUGGAGAGUUCUUUAGGAGAUAGGGGACUUAGAACGUUUGCAAGUGGUAGUAAUAACAGGGUAGACUCGCCACACUCCACACCUACCCCCGUAAACUCUAGUACUCCAUUGUUUGUGCGUAGAAUGAGUGAUAAUGACCCAAGACGGCACUUGAUCAAAAGCAGUAUCCCUAGUAAACGAAAGGCUAGUUAUCCCUCACAAUCUGCAAGGUCAUCAUUCAGUAUUGGUCCUUCCCCGCUUGCAGCUACGGAUAUUAAACCUAAAAGAACAACAACAAACUCUGAGAUAUAUGAUAGCGUCAGUCAAAGUUCCACACCAAGAGGGAACACUGUUAAAGAACAAACGAAUGCUGCUGUGAGCAAGAAGAAAACAAGACCCAAAUCUUCAUCGCCAAAAACCAAAUCUUCAUCACCCAAAACCAGUAUUGGCUUCUCAAGCCGGGACAACAGAACUUCAAGGACAACUCGUCGCGACAGCGACUUAAGCCGGACCUCUACUCCAGAUCGGAUGAUACGGGUCAUAUCUCAGGAAAACAGUGAUGAAGGUCAUGUGCCAUCAAACCCCAAAGCCUCUUCUCUUCCUCGAAAAAACUCCUCCCAAAGGGAAGACCUCUCCGGAGGUCAUCCUAUUGGGGAGGGGUCAUCUCGGGAUAGGAGGACCAGUGAAGAUAUCCAGGACCAUGUCAGAGAAAGUAAUGGUGAUCGUAAACAUUCCUUCUUGAGCAAUAGCUUUAAUGAAGACAACAGCACAAAUGUGGAGCUUGAAUUGAGAAGUUUGAAGUCGGAAAGCGAUAGCAGUGUAGCGAGCGAGAGAACACGUAGCAAAAGGAAUAUCAAAGAGAGUACCAGUACUGAAAGAAGGAAGGAUGUGAAGAGUUCUGGGGGUCGGAGCAAGAAAUCACCUCGAAUGCAGGAACAGCCUGAACAUGAUCAUGAACAAGCACCAGUAAGACAAUCAGUCGCAGUCAAAGAUGAGUUGGUCUUCCAGCACACAAGUCUUGAGGACUCCUCUCCAAGACAUGAGAACAAUUUAGAGGUCAUUGACCUUGAAACCAGAAAUGAGGUCAAAGUUGAAAGUGAAGGAGAGUCAAGAAGAAACUUGGAGGAUGUCAGUGAUGACGAGAAGAGGAGGCGGCGGUUAAGCUUUCACUCUCGAGGGACAGAUGAGGAAAGGACGUCAUAUGGGAUUGACCCAGAGUUCAGAGGUGACCUACAUGUAGAUGGACAGAGAAGAAGGUCAAGAACAUUGAUAAAAGCUGAAAAUCAAGGUCAUGAAGAUACUGCCACAAACAUCAAGGAUGAAGAAAAGAGGCCGCUGGGUGGAAGUUCAGAGGUCAUAGGUCGUAGUUCAAGACUGAGAAGUGGUUCCCGGUCAAAGUCUCAAGACACAGAUGAUGAUGCAGAUAAACUAACCAGAAGCAUUGAUGGAAGGGAGGACAAAUCUCCUAGAAACAAGGUUGGGACUUCAUCCCCGCGAAGUGAAGAGCCAGCCACGGACAAGAGAGAGAUGAUAAGACAAAGAAGCACAGAGCUUGCUGCUAUGGCUAAGAAACUUGAGGAAAAGGCUAAGGCAAUGAAGAGUAGACAAACAACACAGUGGAAGAGGACAGGUACAGACAAUGCCCCCCUGGUACCCACUUCAACCACGCCCCUCUCCCCUACCGCCACCACUACUCCUACCAAUGCCAUCACCACUAGUCCUAAAGAGCCACCACGCCCGGCCACCUCCACCGGCAUGGUACCGGAUCUUGAGCAGAUGAAGAGGAUGAUGGUCAAGCAGAAGGCCAGGGAGAUGGCCGAGAGUGCACAGAGGGCUCUGGUCAGGGACCGGGACGUGGAGCAUCUCAAGCAGGAGCUAGAGGCCAUCAAGAAGACGCUGGAUAUCGGCAGGCAGGACCAGCUCAUUGAGGUAAGCCUCACACUGCCAGCUUGCUUCCUCAGAUCUCUGCUCUUGUGCUUUAAUAGAUAUUUAUAUGAUACUUUCCAACCAGAGGCUUUGUUGAGUUGUUUGGAAUUAUUUUUAUUCAUUUAUUCACUUUGAACAAAAAACUUAUGCUACUUUACACAUAUUUUUGUGUGUGUUAUGAUUGAUUGAAACUAGGGCAUGAAACAUUUUGGAAGUUUUUGCAUUGACAGAAGUCGUUGUUGUAUGUAUCUUCAGCCCAGACAAGGACUAGAAGAUUGCCAACUCAAUGUUGUACGGAGGCCCUUCUGAUAUCUUCUGUUAGCUAGGAGCCAGAAUGGUGUAAACUCCCAUAGAUUAACACAGAGUUAAUAAAGCCCUCAUACAUGUAGCUGUAAGCAGAUAAUAUGUAGAUUCUGACAGGAGAUGUGACUUAGAGAUAUGGCAAAGAGAAAAGCCAAGAGUGACAGACAGAUACUUUAAUUGUCAGAUUAAUAAAAACUUGCUUUGGAGAAGAGAGAGAGAGCGAGUGAGAAUAGGAAUGAGAGAUAAAAGGAGAUCAAGAGGGGGA